AUGAGAUUGGAGUACGCACCAGUUUGGGUUUUAUUCAGAGGCAUACCGCAUGAACUUUGGUCUCUCGAAUGCUUCAGUACGUUUGCAACAGGAGUUGGAAUCCCAGUCCAAUCUGAGUUCCCAAAGCUUCCUCCGUAUUCAAAUGGUGUGGUGAAACUUAAAGUCAUAAUCAAAUUGGCUGGAAAGAGAGCAUCAACAGUUAAGGUUGUAGAUAAGCUCUGGAACUCUGUCUUUAUCUCUGCGGAAUACCUCAAAGUACCACAUAAGUGUGGGAUUUGUUCGGAAUUUGGGCACUCUGAGCUUCGCUGUCCAGAUCGCCAACUUCAAAACACUGCCAUUGCCACAAAUAAUGCUGUCCCCCCUCCUGCUUUUGUUGCUUCUCCAGUCGGGUCUGCUGCCUCUCCUGCGGACAAUCUCAACACCGCAGCACAGUCUUCAACCUCUGCUCGGGCUGCUGUUGUUCCUAUAGUCCCUUCAGUUUCCAAAACUUUUUCUAAGGAUGCGCCAACUUUAACUGCAAGGACCAACACUUCACCGGUCAGACCAGUCACUUCUGCUCAAUUCGAUUCAGAAGAAGAGCUUAUAAGUGCGGCCCAAUCGAUACUUAGGAAACGUAUUGCUGCUGCAGAAGCUGAGUUGCCUCCAUUCUCAACUGCCAAGGACCGCAGGAGGGUCAGACAACAUCAACGCCAAGCAAUGCAAAAACUUUGCAAUAACUUGGACGUUUCUUCCUCGACCUCGGAUAUUCCAACCGUGUUUCAGCGGGAGGCUUCGCCCAACGGGAAAGGCCUAAAUGGCAAUACUAGGAAAUCGGAUGUUCAAAAUUGGAUACGUACAAACCGCCCUAUGUUUGGCGCUUUUUUGGAAACUCAUGUGAAGCAAGAUGUUUUAACAUCUCUAAUAACCUCUACUCUACCAGGAUGGAAAUUUGACUCAAACCACAGCCCUCAUGCUGAGAAUGGUCGCAUAGUUGUGGUUUGGAAUCCCUCACUAUUUGUUGUUGUCUACUUCCGCUCUCCGCAGAUCAUGGUUUGUGGGGUUUUUGAUCCAGCUACCCAACAACACAUCUCCGUUUGUUUUGCUUAUCUUUCAAUGAACGAGGUGACCGGAUGCCUCUAUGGACAUCAAUCAAACAGAUUUUUCAAUUCAACUAUUAUCCAGAAUUCUCAUCUGCUUGUGAUCGGUGACUUUAAUCAGGUAUUGGCAGUAUCAGAGGCUUACUCCUUGCACCCUUCGGAUUUGUCGAUUGGAGGUAUGAGAGAUUUACAGGAAUGUCUUCAUGAGAGUGAGAUCUUUGAUCUAGCCUUCAGGGGAUGUUUCUAUACUUUGUCUAACAAAAGCCCUUCAAGCCCCCGAUCUAGAAAAUUGGACAGAGCUCUUAUCAAUGAGGCUUGGCUGGAAAAGUUUCCCAAUUCCCUAGCAAUCUUCGACCCGCCAGGAUCAUCAGACCACUCUCCUUGCAUUGUGCAAUGUGGCAAUGAACCUCCUCGAAGGAAUGUCAGAUUUAUCUUCUUCACAUUCUUCACUUCUCACCCGGACUACAAUGAUCUGAUGAAGUUAGCCUGGACACUGCCGAUAUGCUGCAAAGGGAUAAACAAAACUGGCUUCAGCAACAUCGAAAAGAGAACCAAAGAAGCUCUUGAGAAACUCCAGGAAAUUCAAACUCAGAUUUUAACGACCCCUUCUCCGCAUCUGUUUCAAGCUGAAGCAAGUGCAAGAGACUCCUGGCUUCUCCUAGCAGCUGCUGAACAAAAUUUCUUCAAGCUCAAGUCCAGGGUUAGAUGGGAGACGAAGGGUGAUCUGAACACAGCUUUUUUUCACAAGUCUGUCAAAGCAAACCUGGGUAGGAAUGUUAUACAUUUCCUAACUGAGGUGAAUAAUAGAAGAGUGUUUGAUAGACAUGAACUGAAGAAUAUGGUCAUCCGGUUCUACACCUAUCUACAAGGAAGAUCCAAUGUGGCAGUCAUUCCUUACACAAUCGACUAUAUAUGGGCAAUACAUCCAUAUCGCCAUGACUCCUCCAGAACUGAUAUUCUAGUGGCAAUACCUUCUGCAGAGGAGAUCAGAGAUAUUGUUUUGUCUUUACCUAAGUGUAAAGCACCGGGGCCAGACGGAUUCUCUUCUGAAUUCUUCAUCUCAUCUUGGGAUCUGGUGGGAAGGGAUUUAACUGCGGCAGUAAGGAGCUUCUUUCUUACUUCCUCUAUGCCUAGACAAACAAAUGCAAUGGUGAUCUCUUUGAUUCCAAAGACAACUGGAGCGUCAUCCUUGUCCGACUUCAGACUUGUCUCGCUAUGCAACACAGUCUACAAAAUAAUCUCAAGGAUCUUAUCUGCAAGGCUGAAGCCUAUUAUUCAAGAUACAAUUCAAAGGAACCAAGUGGGGUUUGUGAAAGGCCGAGCUCUUGGAGAUAAUGUUCUUCUUGCAUCUGAGUUGGACGCUGACUUUCAUAACAGGGGAAGAAUUACUAAAGGCUGUCUACAGGUGGAUAUAUCAAAAGCUUUUGAUAGCAUUGAGUGGCAAUUCAUCCUCAAUAUUCUGGUAGCUUUCAACCUCCCACCGGAUCUUAUCAAUUGGAUAAAGACCUGCAUCACAACGCCUUACUACUAUGUUGCUUUAAAUGGAGAAUUAUCGGGUUUCUUCCCGGGAAAAAAAGGUUUACGACAGGGUGAUCCGAUUUCCUCUUCCCUGUUUGUUAUGGCUAUGGAUAUUCUUGCCAAAGAACUGGACAUUGCGGUGCGUGACGGAAAAUUCAGAGCCCACCCGAACUGUCUUAACCCCUUGGGGUCUCUCCCAGUUAAAUACUUAGGGUUGCCUUUGCUACCUUAUAAGGCUCGGAGAACGGACUACCAACCAUUGCUGGACAAGAUUCGAUCUCGAGUUACCUCUUGGCAAGCCAUGCAACUGUCUUUCGCAGGGAGGUUGCAACUAAUUCAGUCAGUCUUAUACAGCAUCAUAAGCUUUUGGGCUUCGGUCUUUCCCUUAUCUAAGGGCUGUGUGGAGGAUUUGGAAAAAAUGUUAAACGCUUUCCUUUGGUCUGGUGCACCGGACUCAGCACGUGGAGCAAAAGUGGCAUGGGAAUCUGUUUGCACUGCCAAAGAGAGUGGAGGGUUGGGUUUGCGUCGGAUAGCAGGACUUAAUACAGUCUAUGGAAUCAAGCUCCUGUGGAACAUCUUCUCUGGCUCUGACUCCUUGUGGGUUGCUUGGGUAAAACGUCACUAUAUUCCACCAAACCUCUUCUGGACAGCGGACUUCACAACGGUUAGGAGUUGGAUAUGGCGUUGGCUGAUGAAUCUCCGAGAUUUAGCUCGUCCUUUCCUCCUAACCCAUCUCGUUUCUGGAAGGAACACUUCUUUUUGGCAUGAUAAUUGGACCACUGAUGGGCCAAUUCUCUCAACAACAGGACCAAUGGGACCCAUGGUCUCGGGCAUCCCCAUAGACGCCUCUGUUGCAUCCGCUGUAACAAAUGAAGCAUGGAAUAUAUCAUCAAGGAGUAGGCAUUCAGUUCUUAGAUACAUUCGCUCUGUACUUCCAGCUCAGGCUCCGGACGUAAAUUCACCAAAUGAAGACAACUUCAUGUGGCUCAAUUCUCUGGCCGACCAGCCUUCGGAAUUCUCUGUUUCUAAGUUCUUCAGAACUAUAAACCCUGAUCCUCCUGUAAUACCCUGGCACAAGGUGGUCUGGUUUAAGAAGCGGAUCCCAAGACAUUCUUUCAUAACCUGGCUGGUAAUGAGAGAUAGAAUGGUGACACGUGACAGAUUAAUUUCUUGGGGGUAUGGAUGUAUCUCCUUCAUGCUUGCUGUGUGGAACGAGGGCUGA